CUGAAAGCAGGGAGACUGAGAGCGGCAUCGCAGCAAGAGCGAAGAUCUGUCUCCCUGCUCACACUGCACAAUGGGAGCCAUCAAAAUCUCUCCGGAUUAUAACUGGUUUCGCAGCACAGUUCCUCUAAAAAGGAUCAUUGUGGAUGAUGACGACAGCAAGGUGUGGUCUCUCUAUGAUGCUGGCCCCCGCAGUGUGCGCUGUCCCAUUAUAUGUCUGCCUCCAGUUAGCGGCACUGCGGACGUCUUCUUCCAUCAGAUCCUGGCACUGACAGGGUGGGGCUACAGAGUUAUCGCUCUCCAGUACCCUGUUUAUUGGGACCAUUUAGAGUUUUGCGAUGGAUUCAGGAAACUACUGGAUGAUUUGCACUUGGAUAAGGUUCAUCUAUUUGGAGCAUCUCUUGGGGGAUUCCUAGCGCAGAAGUUUGCCGAGUACACUCACAAAUCUCCCCGAGUCCAGUCCCUUAUACUCUGUAAUUCAUUCAGCGAUACCUCCAUUUUUAACCAGACUUGGACAGCAAAUAGCUUCUGGUUGAUGCCAGCUUUCAUGCUCAAGAAGAUACUGUUAGGGAACUUCUCCUCUGGCCCAGUGGAUCCAGUAAUGGCAGAUGCCAUUGAUUUCAUGGUAGACCGGCUUGAAAGCCUAAAUCAAAGUGAGCUGGCCUCUCGACUGACCCUCAACUGCCAGAACGCUUAUGUAGAACCUCAUAAGAUCCGUGACACUGCAGUUACCAUCAUGGAUGUGUUUGAUCAGAGUGCACUUUCCACAGAUGCCAAGGAAGAAAUGUACAAACUGUAUCCCAAUGCCCGCAGGGCUCAUCUGAAAACUGGGGGGAAUUUUCCAUAUCUGUGCAGAAGUGCGGAGGUCAACCUUUAUGUGCAGAUUCACUUGCGACAAUUUCAUGGUACAAGAUAUGCAGCAAUAGAUCCAGCCAUGAUAAAUGCAGAGGAGCUGGAAGUCCAAAAAAGUUGUCCCCAGACCAGUGCAGAGGCAGAGGAAAGUUAAACUGCACCACUAUACCCAUAAGACAUGAAAUCUACCUGAUAUCUGGCAGCAGCCCCUUUCAUCCUGGGGGUGUCUGUCUGACACAGAUUUCCAAGAAGCAACUGAAGGAAUGACUAUCAAGUGCAUUAGGCAAUACACAGCCAAGCCCACAUUCAACAUCUGACCCUGUAUGUGAGCUUAUGGGGAGCUUUGGGAAUUUCUUGUAUUCCUGACCUGACACCAACAAACAACUGAAAUUUCAGAAAAUCAUUUUUUUUGGUCUCUAGCAUCACCAUUUGCAGAACAAUGACCAAUCAGUUACUGGCAAAAAAAA